AUGGCGGCGGCCGCGCGGGCGCUGGAGGGCCUCUUCGCGCUCUACUUCGCCAGCCACAUCCCGCUGACGCUGCUGCUGGACGCCCAGGCCCUCUCGGCCGCCUGGCACCCCGCGCCGCUGACAGAGAUGCUCAACUGGUACACAACUUCAUUUAAGGACCCCUUGGUGGCCCAGUGCCCUGCCUGGUUCAAAUCCUUCCUGUUCUGUGAAGUCUUCUUGCAGCUGCCUUUCUUCCCUGUGGCAGCUUAUGCAUUCUGGAAAGGUAACUGCAAGUGGAUUCGAACCCCUGCCAUCAUCUAUGCAACACAUGUGGCCACAACACUGGUGCCCCUGCUGGCACACUUUUUGUUCCACGAUUUCUCAGACUCCAAGCCCGCAGGACCACAGACGUGGCUAGAGCGCCUCAGGCUUUGUGCCAUUUAUAGCCCAUAUUUGCUGAUCCCCCUCCUCCUCCUGGGGACCAUGUUGUUCCAUCCCUCAUACAGCUCAGGAGAAAAACAGAAGACAACUUAAAUGCUGCUGGGACCUUUAGUCAGAAAGGAAGAGCUGUUGAUCUCAAAAAUUGGCAACGUUGACUAGCCGCCCCCAAUUUUACAGAAUCUAUUCCAUAAAAUAAUAAAAGUCCUUGAGGUGGUGGUGGGGGGAAGUGGAAGCCUUCACUUGGGUGGGUGCGAAGACAGCAAGAAUGGGGGGCACUCAUCCAGAGCCUCCUUCUAGAGUCCAUGGUAUUUUUCUCCACAAUGGGCCUUAUUCUGAGUAUAAAUAUAAAACUCUGGUUGAUAUGGCUGGAGACCUACUUAUCUAAUGCAAAAGACACGGUAUAGUGGUCUUAAAAUGAGACUUGAAGAACCUGUUCAGAAAGUUACUUUAAAAGAAAAAAAAUCUAAUAAUUUCACUUGCUGUGUCAAAGUACUAAACAGUCAGUGAUGGGAGUAUUCAGAUCUUAUAAGCUCUGGGUCUUCCAGAUGUGUUCAUCUGGUAAGUUGCUUCUCCCCCCCCCCAAAAAACAUUGAUAAUGCAGAAAAUGAACACCCUUCUCCUUCAAUAAGAUCAAUGUCUAAUAUAGAGAGCUAUUUUAGGUCUAAUCUGCGUGUUCAACACAAUGAAGUGCUACAAUUCUGCCUUGUAUAUAAUUUUUUUUUUAAAAUUCUCACCUGAAUCAAACUUGCGAAGAGAGGAAAUCUCCUUGUUGGGCUUCAUUUCUGCUCCCUGCAAGCAGGACCUGUCUCCAGAGCCCCUCUGCCACAUGCAUGGAGCUAACCUUUUCCUGUCCUCACAGGACUGGCUGAUGGGUGGUUUGUGGAGGAGGGACAUUUAACAAUGGUCUACAUAUGCUUACCCUCUGAUACACAUUUGUAAGGCCUUUUAAUAUUAUUAAAUACUACUGAAAUCUG